UAUCUUUUAGUAAAUGUACAUCUAUUGAUCAUCAAUUAGUUAAUGAUAACAUCAAUAAAUUAAUUCGACAUAUUACAGAUUCAACACAAAGAGAAGAAAUCAAGACAAUCCUUCAUCAACAUGAAAAACUCUUCGAUACAAGUAAACCUGCAAUAGCUAUUAAUGUGAAACCGCAUGAAAUUAAAACACUUGAUCAUCCUCCACCAUCAUCUAGACCAUACUAUUCAACACCUCACAAAGAAGAAGAAAUGUACAAGAUCGUUCAAGAAUUAUUAUAUUAUGGUUUAAUUCGUAAAUCUUAUUCUCCAUUCGCAGCACCAGCAUUAUUAGUGGUUAAACAUGAUGGAUCAUGGCGAAUGGUAGUCGAUUACAAAAAAUUAAAUAAUAUGACAAUUAAAGGCAAUCAUCCAUUACCUAAUAUGGAACAAACAAUACGACGAUUAGGUGGUGGUUACAAAUUCUUUUCAAAAUUAGAUAUGAAAAGUGGAUUUUGGCAAAUACCAAUUAAAGAAGAGGACAAACAUAAAACAGCAUUCAUUACAGCUGAUGGAUUAUAUGAAUGGAAUGUAUUAGCUCAAGGUUUGAAGAAUAGUCCACCAUCAUUUCAAAGAGUAAUGGCCGAUAUAUUAUCUCCUUGUCGACAAUUUUCAUUAGUUUACAUCGAUGAUAUUGUGGUAUUCUCUCGUUCAUUUGAAGAACAUCUUAAUCAUCUUCAACAAUUAUUAUGUAUUUUAUCCAAAUAUAAUUUUCAACUCAAUCCACCAAAAUGUAAAUUAUUCCAUCAGAAAAUUGAUUAUUUAUCUCAUAUUAUAUCUGAAGGAGGUUUUCAACCAAAUAACGAAAGAAUUCAAUCAAUUAUGAAAUUGAGGGAACCUUCUACGUUAGUAGAAGCGAAUAAGUUCCUGGGUGGUUUAUCAUGGUAUAGGAAAUUUAUUCCACGAUUUGCAUCCAUAGCUGCACCUAUUCACAAAGUAACAAAUUUAACAAAAAACAAUAGAAAAAAUUUUAGAUGGGAAAAGCCACAACAUGAAGCAUUUUUACAAUUGAAACAGCUCUUAAUAACUUCUCCAUUAUUUCUUGAUUAUCCAAAUGAUAAUUAUCCAGUCAUUAUGACAACUGAUGCAUCGAAAGUUGGUAUUGGAGGAACCUUACAACAGAACAUUAAUGGUGAAAUUAAGAAUCUUUAUUAUCAUUCACAAGUAACAUCUUCUACUCAAAGGAGAUAUGAUCCGAUUGAAUUAGAAGCACUAGCAAUAUGGAUGUGUUUCCAACGUAUGCGAUCUUAUUUAUUAGGAAGAUCAAUUAUCAUUUACACUGAUCAUUGUCCAUUAUGUAACAUGAUGAAUUCAACAGUGAAGAACCGAAGAGUUGAUCGUAUAUCAAUAUUAUUACAAGAAUUUAAUAUUGAAAAAAUUAUCCAUAUUAAAGGUCAACACAAUUGUUUAGCUGAUUACCUAUCCCGUCAUCCAAUUCCAAGCGAAGAAGAAAUAUUUGAUGAAGAUUAUGGUAUUGUUAAACGAGAUAAAGGGGAACCGACUGUUAUGGGUCGUGUUCCUGAUGAGACUACUCCACUAGCUGGAGCAGUUAUGACAAGAUCCAAAGUGAAACA